AUGGUUGACGUUUUGUCAGCGCAAAGUGAACGGAUCGAUACAAAAAUGGGUGACGCGGAUAUGAAAGAUCUCGAUCUGGAAGACGGUGAAUUGCCGGAAGAAGGGGAAAUUGAUGAUGAUGAUGAAGUGCCGGAGACGAGUGUCGCCACAAUUGCCCCCGCUGCGCCGGCGAGCUCAAAUCGACGACACUCGAAUUCGCCCGGCAGAAGCAGCCCUGAUAAAGCCAAACGCAAUGGUGGCUCGUUUCUUUCGGAUUCGUCUCGAUUUACGCCACGUUUGAAACAAUCAUCGCGUUCGAAACGCCCCGAUCCAAAGCCGACACCAACUUCUUCUGAGAAACCCGAGCGCAAACCUUCAACAAGCCCACCAAAAAUCAGUGAAGAUCCAUUUGGACCAAAUGAUAGUGAUUAUCGAGAAGAGGAUCGCGAUUAUCGCAACUAUGGCGGUGAAGAGGAUUUUGGAGAUACCGAUUACCGAACAGCUGAGAAGAGACGUCGACGCUCUCAAUCACCACCAUCAGCUGUUGGAGAAUGGGGCUCUCGACCUUUAAAACGAAUGCGUGGAGGAUUUGCACCUCGAGGGAGAUUUGCCGGAAGAGAGACAUCCCAUAUCAUUUGCAAGUUUUAUCGUGAGGGUUUCUGCCGUGAUAACGAUGCGUGCCUAUUUUCUCACAAUGCUGAGGACUCACUCCGACAUCCCGAAUUGUGCAAAUUCUACAAACAAGGAUUUUGUAAAAAGGGUUUACAUUGCUCGAAUCUUCAUGGCGAAUUUCCCUGUAUUGGCUAUCACCGCGGGGAUUGUCGCGGAGAAUGUGGUUUCAGUCAUCUACCGUUGAACGAUUAUACUCGACCGAUCUUCGACAAGUACAACGCUAUUUAUUAUGGUGAUGAUUACAGACCCGGAGAAGGCCCACCACCAACCUCAACAGCUCGCAGUUUGGAUCAAGCAGCCGCGAUACCAGGACUUCCACCCGGAUUCACGAUGCCCCCUGGAUUCCCCGGUGGCCCUCCUGCUGGUGCACCACCUAUUAUGCCUCCUCCACCCAAUAUGGUUCUCCGUACGGCUAGUCCACCUCCAUCGAUGGUCGGGAAUAAUACGACACUACCUCCAAUCCCUCGACGACGACCACUUUUGCCGCAUCCCGACGAAGAGGCUCGUGACCCGCAUACUGGACUUCCGCCACCAUCGGUUGUUCUUCCGCAACUCUCAUCGGUGCGCACGGGUUAUUCGCCUCCACCCGCAAUGCAUCAAGGAUACUCAUCUCCAUAUCGACCAUCGCCGCCUCGUCGUGAAGAGCCUCCAGUGCAAGCGCCGCCUCCAGCGUUUGACAUCAACAACAUGUUGGCUCAAUUCUCAGCUUCUGCCUCAUCGGACGACUCGCCGGCCUCUCCACCGCCACAACAAACAAGUCGUCCUCGGGCGAACUCACUCGGGCAAGCCGUUUGGCGUCUCUUGGAAGUUCUGCGCAACCCUUCCUACUCUACCGUGGAUCCCGCAGUGGCGAGCACGUGUGGCCGAGCCGAUCCACGAAUGGCGAAGGUCUUGGAUUCACAAUUUGAUGCGGUCACCUCGCUAAUCUCUUCAAAUGCACCAGUUUCGCAGUCAUCCUCCUCGAAUUCGGUCAUCCCACCUCCAUCACUUGUCGACCCUCGUUCUCUUGCUGAUCCGCGUUUGCGCACUCGUCCCACAGCUCUCACUGAUCCACGUGCAGCUGCAACCCGAUCCUCUUGGAUGCCGCAAAUGCCUCAAAGUAGUCUA